AUGUUGAGUGCGAAUUUGUUUCACAGUAGAAAGAAUUCGUGGCCACCGGAGGAAUAUAUCAAUCGAAAUACUUUGCAUUUGCUUGAUUUUGAUAGUGCAGCUGCUCCUGAACAAGCAUGGAGAAGGAAAUUAAAUAGCAAUGCUAGUAUUCUUAAAGAAUUCAGUGUUACAUUUACAGAAGCAAUAAAAAUGUUUCGACUUGGGUUACGUUUAUGGCAUUAUACACGGGAAGAGGCAUCCCAUGGAAGGAAAGCACCAAUCGAUCCUUUCACUCGAGAAAGUUGUAAGCCUUCGGCAACACAAGGAGUUCCGCUUGGAGGGAUGGGAAGUGGAAGUGUAUCCAGAGGUUUUAGAGGGGAGUUCAGGAGUUUCCAAAUUCUUCCCGGUAUAUGUGAGACUUCUCCUGUCAUGGCCAAUCAAUUUUCAAUUUUCAUAUCUCGAGAUGGAGGGAACAAAAAAUAUGCAUCAGUUCUUGCUCCUGGUCAGCAUGACGGGUUGGGAAAAUCUGGCGAUCUUGGUAUAUCAUCAUGGGGUUGGAAUUUAACUGGUCAGCAUUCUACGUAUCAUGCACUGUUUCCUAGGGCGUGGACGAUAUAUGAUGGCGAACCAGACCCAGAAUUGAAGGUGUCCUGUCGACAGAUAUCACCAUUUAUACCGCAUAAUUAUAAAGAGAGCAGUCUUCCCACAGCUGUUUUUGUUUACACUUUGGUAAAUACUGGCAAGGAAAGGGCAAAGGUCAGCCUUCUUUUUACAUGGGCUAAUUCAAUUGGAGGUAUCUCGCAACUGUCAGGAGGUCAUGUGAAUGAGCCAUUUAUAGGAGAAGACGGAGUCUCAGGCGUAGACGAUGUAGUAAAAUCUGGCGAUCUUGGUAUAUCAUCAUGGGGCUGGAAUUUGACUGGUCAGCAUUCUACGUAUCAUGCACUGUUUCCUAGGGCGUGGACGAUAUAUGAUGGUGAACCAGACCCAGAAUUGAAGGUGUCAUGUCGGCAGAUAUCACCAUUUAUACCGCAUAAUUAUAAAGAGAGCAGUCUUCCCACAGCUGUUUUUGUUUACACUUUGGUAAAUACUGGCAAGGAAAGGGCAAAGGUCAGCCUUCUUUUUACAUGGGCUAAUUCAAUUGGAGGUAUCUCCCACCUGUCAGGAGGUCAUGUGAAUGAGCCAUUUAUAGGAGAAGACGGAGUCUCAGGCGUACUGCUACAUCACAAGACAGCAAAAGAUAACCCUCCUGUUACUUAUGCCAUAGCUGCAUGUGAAACUCAGAACGUUAGUGUGUCAAUUUUGCCUUGUUUUGGCUUGACCGAAGGAAGUGGCAUAACAGCAAAAGAUAUGUGGCAUAAAAUGACGGAGGAUGGGCAUUUGGAGAACUUUAAUAAGGGGCCAACCAUGCCAUCUUCACCUGGAGAGACACAUUGUGCAGCAGUUUCUGCUUCUACAUGGGUUGAGCCUCAUGGAAAGUGCACUGUUGCAUUUGCUGUUGCAUGGUCUUCUCCUAAAGUUAAAUUUUGUAAAGGGAAAUCCUAUAAUAGGAGGUACACUAAAUACUAUGGCACUUCGGAAAGCGCCGCUAAAGACUUGGUGCACGAUGCACUGACAAAUUAUAAGCUGUGGGAAGAAGAGAUUGAGAAAUGGCAGAAUCCUAUCCUCAGAGAUGACAAGCUACCAGAAUGGUACAAGUUUACCCUGUUCAAUGAGCUCUAUUUUCUGGUUGCUGGAGGAACAGUUUGGAUCGACUCUAGAAUCCCAGCCACGGAUUCUAUGGUUAUUAAGUCAGUAAUCAUGGACGAUAAAGAUGCCGACAUAACUGAAGCAAGAGUUGCUGCAGAUAAAGGUUCUAGCAGGUCUGUUGAUGAAGACAAUUUGGGUACUAUUGAGAAUGGUGAAGUGAGCAGUCGUUUUACUUCCAAUAACAAAGCGAUGGACCCUGUGAACGAUAGUGAUGAUGUAGGUAGGUUUCUUUAUUUGGAAGGCGUGGAAUAUAUUAUGUGGUGUACAUACGAUGUGCACUUCUAUGCAUCUUUUGCCCUUCUUGAGCUGUUCCCGAAAAUUGAACUCAGUAUUCAACGUGAAUUUGCAAAAGCUGUUUUAUGUGAGGAUGGCAGAAAAGUGAAGUUUUUGUCAGAGGGGAAUUGGGGGAUCCGCAAGGUGAGAGGAGCCAUUCCUCACGAUCUCGGUACACACGAUCCAUGGCAUGAAAUGAAUGCAUAUAACAUACAUGACACUAGUAGAUGGAAGGAUUUGAACCCAAAGUUUGUGCUCCAGGUGUAUAGAGACUUUGCGGCAACGGGGGAUUUCUCUUUCGGAGCAGAAGUGUGGCCUGCUGUCCGUGCUGCAAUGGAAUACAUGGAACAAUUUGAUCGGGAUAAUGAUUGUCUUAUUGAGAAUGAUGGAUUCCCAGAUCAAACAUACGACACUUGGACUGUUCAUGGGAUAAGUGCUUACUGUGGUUCCUUAUGGCUUGCUGCACUUCAAGCUGCAGCAGCAAUGGCCAUUCAACUAGGUGACACUUCAUUUGCAGAAAAAUGCAAAGAUAAAUUUAUUAAGGCCAAAACUGCAUUCGAAGAAAAACUUUGGAACGGCUCAUACUUUAACUAUGAUAGUGGGUCGAGCAGUAACAGUAAAUCAAUCCAAGCCGAUCAACUGGCUGGACAGUGGUAUACCGCAUCUUCAGGCUUGCCCGAUCUUUUUGAUAGUUUUAAGAUUCAAAGCGCUCUUCAGAAAAUCUUCGACUUCAAUGUUAUGAAAGUCCGAGGGGGCAGGAUGGGUGCAGUAAAUGGAAUGCAUCCAAAUGGAAAGGUGGACGAGACCUGCAUGCAGUCCCGGGAAAUAUGGGGCGGAGUGACCUAUGGAGUUGCUGCAACCAUGAUUCUUGCCGGGAUGAAGGAGCAGGCCUUUACUACAGCAGAAGGUAUAUUUAUUGCAGGCUGGUCAGAAGAGGGAUUCGGAUACUCGUUUCAAACUCCAGAAGCAUGGACCAUCGGUGGGCACUUCCGGUCUCUUAUAUAUAUGAGGCCGCUUUCAAUAUGGGGAAUGCAAUUUGCAUUAUCGUCAACCAAGACUAUACUCGAGGCCCCUAAGGUCAAUGUAAUGGACAGGAUCGCUGUGUCCCCGCAAACUGUAAAUUCUUCUCAUAAUGGAACAGGCGUUAGGAAGAUCACGAGCAAAGCAAAGUGCUUUGACAAUUCUGUAUUCCAUUGUUCGUGCUGA